AUGGCUCGAAAUCCAGAAAUUUCGCCUGGAGAUGGCUUUACCAAGUCGACGCACAAAGAAUCCUACCCCACCAUCUCCCCAACGAGGCCAGAGCUUUCGCAAGCCGGAAAGACAGUGCUCGUCACGGGAGCAUCUGAAGGCAUUGGAUAUGCCAUCGUCAAGGCUUUUGUCGAGGCCUCCGCAGCCAAGAUCGUCCUGGUCUCCCGAACUCAGUCGCGACUUGAUAAUGCUUUGUCGAGUUUGAAAGAGGGCUGUCCGGGGGCAAAAACUCAGCUUGUCGCUGUAUCAUGCGAUAUGGCAAAUACCUCUGCCAGCGCUUCUUUGUGGGACUCGCUCGAGGCCAACGGCACUGUCGUGGAUGUGCUCUGUCUGAAUGCAGGCUCUCCCACCGAACCAGGGGAUCUUCUCGAUCGAGGUUCAGACCGUAUUUUCAGCACUGAUCUUGCCAUUAAUCUACAAGCCCAGCUGUAUUUUGUCGAAAGAUUCUACAAACAGCGAGGCCAAGGAGCAGGCGGUCCCAAGUAUCUUGUCCAUACGUCCACAAAAGCCAUUUACGAGCACAGGGCGCCUGCCCCUCCAGGAUACAGCCCAUCGAAGCUUGCUUUUUCGGGGUUCCUGCAGAGCAUCUCGCGAGGAAUUCCCGCAGAUAGGAUGCAAGUUGUCCAGUUCCAUCCGGGAGCUAUCUUAACUCGUGCUGCAAGGGAGGUGGGAUGUGAUGAACACUCCCAUUCUUGGAUCAGAGCUGAGGUUCCUGGGAGAUUUGCGGUCUGGGCCGCAUCUCCUGAAGCAAGCUUUCUUCAUGGAAGAUUUGUCUGGGCAGAGUGGGACAUGGAAGAGUUGAGGAGUGGCGAUCUCCGAAAGAAAAUCGAUGAAGACCCCUUCUUCCUAACAAUCGGUAUAAUAGGGCUGUGA